AUGACGGAAUGCAUCAUAACUGACAUUGAUAAUAAUACAAAAUUAAUAAGAGUACAUUGGAUAUUGUUGAACUUAUUGUUAGAGGAUAAGGGAAAGAAGGACUCUCAAAAAGGUUAUAUAAC